UGAGUGCGGAGCAGUGGCCAUUGGUUGGGAUGAGUGCGAGAGCAGUGGCCAUUGGUUGGGAUGAGUGCGGAGCAGUGGCCAUUGGUUGGGAUGAGUACGGAGCAGUGGCCAUUGGUUGGGAUGAGUACGGAGCAGUGGCCAUUGGUUGGGAUGAGUACGGAGCAGUGGCCAUUGGUUGGGAUGAGUACGGAGCAGUGGCCAUUGGUUGGGAUGAGUACAAGCAGUGGCCAUUGGUUUUAGCAGUUAGUAGAUCAUUAGUGAGUUUUAGUAGGGCAGUGUCAGUGGAGUGUAGGAGAUGGGUCUUAAGUUGUUCAGGUUGGUGGGGG